UCCAAGUGCUGCUGUGGCUGCUCUAAUCCAUAGUCUUGAUGAUGAUGGCAACUGGGCCAGAGGAGCUGGAGGCCCGGGAGAAGCUGUCACUAUGGGAUCGGAAGGCCGAACCGCUGGCUCCGCUCACAGAGAGACAAGUAGACUCGGUGCUGGAGAUCAAGGCGGCCGUGGAGGACCUGCCGGUUCCAGCAGAGCUUCCGAUUGAGGAUUUAUGCAGUUUGACUUCCAGAGCAUUGACAGUCCCUUUAUCUUCAGCUGUUCCUGAAUCUACAGAUGGCAUUCUCCUGCAAGGAUUCUCUACGCUGGGGAUGGAUGAUGACCGGAUUGAAACCGCCCAGCAAUUUUUCUCAUGGUUUGCACAGCUACAGACCAAAAUGGAUCAGGAUGAAGGUGCAAAAUACAGAGACAUGAGGGAUUACCUCUCUGGAUUUCAGGAGCAAUGUGAUGCUAUAUUAAAUGAUGUGAAUACUGCUCUGCAACAUUUGGAAUCUCUUCAGAAGCAAUACCUUUUUGUGUCUACGAAAACAGGGACGUUACACGAAGCCUGUGAACAGCUUCUAAAAGAACAGUCAGAGCUUGUGGAUCUCGCUGAAAAUAUUCAACAGAAGCUUUCUUAUUUUAAUGAAUUAGAAAAUAUAAACACUAAAUUAAAUUCUCCUACGUUAUCUGUAAAUAGCGAAGGUUUUAUUCCUAUGCUUGCAAAGUUGGAUGACUGCAUUUUUUAUAUUUCAUCACACCCUAGUUAUAAAGAUUAUCCUGUGUACCUGGCAAAGUUCAAACAAUGUCUUUCCAAAGCUAUGCAACUUAUGAAGACCUACACUGUGAACACUCUGCAGAAUCUCACCAACCAGCUCAUUAAAAGGCACGAUUUACCAAAUGCUCCCAAUUCAGACAAUGCCUUUACUUUGUUUUAUGUUAAAUUUCGAGCAGCGGCCCCAAAGGUCAGAACACUGAUAGAGCAAAUGGAACAACGAGCUGAGAAGAUACCAGACUACCAGCAGCUACUAGAUGAAAUCCAUCAGUGCUACCUGGAUCAGCGAGAGAAUUUGUUGAGUCCGAGUAUCACUACUACCAUAACGGAGCUGACCAGCCAGAACAACCGGGAUCAUUGUGCUUUGGUGCGGAGCGGCUGUGCUUUCAUGGUCCAUGUAUGUCAAGAUGAGCACCAGCUUUAUAAUGAGUUUUUCACUAAACCAACACCAAAAUUGGAUGACCUUCUUGGGAAGCUAUGCCUUUCUUUGUAUGAUGUUCUCAGGCCGCUGAUUAUACACGUUGUCCAUUUAGAAACCUUGUCAGAACUUUGUGGCAUCCUUAAAAUUGAGAUGUUAGAAGACCACGUACAGAACAAUGUGGAACAUCUCGGUGCCUUAGCUGCUGUGGUGAAGCAGAUGUUGGAAGAUGUUCAAGAGAGACUUGUGUACCGGACGCACAUAUAUAUACAGACGGACAUAUUGGGCUAUAAACCAGCUCCAGGAGAUCUUGCAUAUCCUGAGAAGCUAGAAAUGAUGGAGCAAAUUGCACAGAGUCUGAAAGAGGAACAAAAGAAAUUACAGACUGCAGAAACUUCAUUUUCUGAGGUCCCCAUUGAGGAUCCAGACUCCAGAAACCUCAUAAAAAGUGGUUCUUCUGAAUCUUUAACCCUAAGGACAGAAAAUACAAUUUCACCUGCAGACCUGCAUGGCAUGUGGUACCCAACAGUGAAACGGACGCUUGUCUGCCUUUCAAAGCUCUAUCGGUGUAUUGAUAGGACGGUAUUUCAGGGUUUAUCUCAGGAAGCGCUUUCAGCAUGUAUUCAGUCAUUACUGAGAGCUUGUGAUUCAAUCUCCAAAAACAAGACUCAUGUUGAUGGACAACUCUUUCUCAUCAAACAUCUUCUGAUCCUCCGUGAGCAAAUUGCUCCUUUUCACACUGAAUUCACCAUUAAAGAAAUUUCCUUGGACCUCAAGCGAACAAGAGAUGCUGCAUUUAAAAUUCUUGAUCCUAGGACUGUUCCCAAGUUUUUCAGGUUAAACAGCAAUAACGCCAUUCUGGAAUUUCUACUGCAGGGAACUCCUGAAAUAAAGGAACAUUACAUUGACUCCAAGAAGGAUGUCGACCGUUACCUCAAGGCAGCGUGUGAGCAAUUCAUUCAGCAGCAGAGCAAAAUAUUUGUGGAACCUUUAGAAGAUUUCUUGGCAAAGGUAGCUGCUUUGAAAACCAUGGCUAGCCAAGGAGGUCCAAAAUACAGUCUUCCACAGCAGCCUUGGGCACAACCUGCAAAGAUUAAUGACCUGCUAUCUUCCACGUAUAAGACCAUGAAAACAAAACUGCCACUGACACUACGCAGUAUGUCAUUGUAUCUCGCUAACAAAGAUACAGAGUUCAUCCUCUUUAAGCCAGUCAGAAGUAACAUUCAACAAAUUUUCCAGAAAGUCCACAUGUUGCUGAAAGAAGAAUUCGGUAGUGAAGAUUUGCAGAUCAUAGCUUGCCCUUCAAUGGAACAGGUGAAUUUGCUGUUAUCUAUAUCUAAGUAGCUGAAGAAUUGACAGUCAUUUUCCAUUUUGUCUGGUUUAAUACCGAAGAAAUAUCUCCUAUGGCACAUUAAAAGAACCAAUGGACUUCAAGGAAACUG